AUGGUGGUUAGUAACAAAUGGGAUGAUUAUAAAGAAGAUAGUGAGAGAGCAUAUGCAGUGAAAAAGAAGAUAUUAGAUGAAAUGUUUUGGGAGGAUCUUGAAUAUGCUUUAUCUUUCACAUUGCCCAUCUAUAGUGUGAUUAGAGCUGCUGAUACAGAUAGACCUUCUCUGCAUUUAGUCUAUGAAUGGUGGGAAAGUAUGAUUCAGGAUGUGAAGAAGGCUAUCUUUAAAAAAGAAAGAAAACAACUUGAUGAAGACUCUGUCUUUUGGAAUGCUGUUCAUUCAAUAUUGACAUCUCGUUGGAGCAAAAGUAACACUCCACUUCAUUGUAUGGCUCACUCUCUAAAUCCCAGAUAUUAUAGUUCAGAAUGGCUUGAAGAAGAGGGCAACAGAAAAUCUCCACAUCAAGAUUUGGAGAUUACAAGAGAAAGAAAAAAAUGCAUCAUGAAGUAUUUUCCAAAUCAAGAUGAAAGGAGAGAGGUUAAUGUUGAAUAUUCUAAUUUUUCUCUAUGCUUGGAAGACUUUGGUAGUGUCGAUGCUAUUCAUGAUAGGUUUAUCCUAGAACCUUUGAGAUGGUGGGCAGUUCAUGGAUCUUCAGCACCAAAGCUCCAAGCCUUAGCAUUUAAGUUGCUUGGACAACCAUCUUCAUCCUCAUGUUGUGAAAGGAAUUGGAGUACCUACAAGUUCAUACAUUCUGCAGUAAGAAAUAAGAUUGUUCCACAAAGAGCUGAAGAUUUGGUAUUUGUACACACUAACCUUCGUCUUCUAUCUAGAAAGAGUGCUGCUUAUAAAGAAGGUCCAUAUCAUAUGUGGGAUUUUGGAGGUGAUAAAUUUGAUUCACUGGAUGAGAUUAACAUAGGGAGACUUGAGUUUAAAGAUCUUUCUCUUGAUGAACCAGAGUUGGAGGCUGUUGUGUUUGAUGGAGCUGAUGAAAAUGAGACGGGUGACGACGGUAUCGACAUGUGA